CAUUCAGUUCUGGCAAGUGGAGUGAACUUAGGAUGUCAGCCAAGACUUUUUGGGGGAUUCUUGCUCUGCUCCGAAUUUUCUGGUGUCUUCUUCCUCAGACAGGUUACCUUCAUCCUGAUGAAUUCUUCCAAUCACCUGAGGUCAUGGCAGGAGAUAUUUUAGACCUACAAGUCUAUUAUCCCUGGGAAUUCCUUUCCAGUUCUCCUUGUAGAACAGUUGUGUUCCCAUUAAUUACAUCUGGCAUUACCUACUGGAUGAUCAAGUCUUUGCAACAGCUGGGCAUGUGGUCAAAUGGCAUCAACAGCUACACCCUUCUUGUGUCACCUCGCCUUCUCCUCACCACCUUUUCUUUCAUACUUGACUAUAGCGUGUAUCGGCUAGCUCCUUUCUGGGGUGCAGAUCGGUGGAACGCCCUGGUUCUGCUUGCUGGGUCCUAUGUCACACUAGUAUUUUACACAAGAACAUUUACUAACACACUUGAAGGACUUCUGUUUGCCCUGCUGAUGGUACUAGUAUCUCCAAAAGCAGUUGGUUAUGGAACAGACAUCAACCAGGUGAAACCUACCAGUAGCAGUCUCAUAGGGAUUAUAACAGUUGCUGGAUUUUUCAACAGGCCAACUUUUCUGGCAUUUGCUUUAAUGCCACUGCUUUACUGGGCAGUUUUAAAUGCCACUUCUCAGCACAGCAUUAAAACUAUUGCAAACCACCUCUUGAAGCUUGUUUCAAGCACAGCUUUCACUGCCAUCAUCUUCACAGCAGCUGACACUUUAUAUUUUACCUCCAUUGGAUCAGAGAUUAGCCUAUACAGCAUUAAAAAGAAUGGCCUGUUAAGCACCAUAGCUCAAAUAAAUCAGAAUGUAAUAGUGACCCCUUUUAAUUUUCUCCGCUAUAAUCUUAAUCCCCAUAAUCUUGCACAGCAUGGGAUUCACCCAAGAUUAACUCAUUUUGCAGUCAAUGGUAUAAUGCUCUUUGGGAUCCUGCACAUUCUGGCUAUCAGUGUUGGUUUAAAAAUGCUGAAAAUAAACAUCCAUCAAUUAUCAUGGAUCAGACUACAUAAUCAUAGGUCACCUACAAUGUUGGUGCUUGCCAAGGGCAAUCCAACAUUAUUAUUAUUCUAUUUUGUUCCUUUGGCAUUCCUUUCCCUGUUCAACCACCAAGAACCUCGAUUCCUCAUUCCUCUUAUUUUACCACUAGUCCUAUUGAUCGCACCGCAGAAUAGAACCCUGAAGUGGAAACCCAUCAUUAUUAUUUUCAAUGUUCUUGGUGCCCUUUUGUUUGGGUGCUUACACCAGGGAGGGCUGAUCCCAUGCCUGUCUCAUUUAGAACAGCUCAUACAUUCUACAGAGUCCCUGAACCAUCCAGCACACUAUACUCUACUCUUUGCUCACACCUAUAUGCCUCCCAGGUUUCUGCUCAGUAUCAAUAAGAGAGACCCACUAGUAGAAAUAAUUGAUAUGGCUGGAACUGAAGAAAACACCCUCUGCCAAACUUUGGGACAAUUAGCAAACAAGAUUGCCUGUGGGACUAGAGAGACUGAUAAAGAAAGAACUUGUCAUUUUUUUGUUAUAACCCCCGGUACAGUCAGAACAGCAAUACAAAAAUGUGGGGUUCUGUUCAAGAAUGAGACAUUAAUAUUUCCACACUUGACAAUGGAAGAUCCACCACAAAUAUCCUUUCUAUUCAGUGAAAAAUGGAGAAGUCAGUUAGGACUAUACAUCCUUCAGAUAGACAGAAAUGAACAGAGCAUUUAGUUAUUAGAGGAUUUAUGUUUCACUUUUUAAUUUUAUUUAGUUCUGGUGAAAGUUGCUCGAUCAACAGUCCUGGAGAUUGAUGUUCUCUCCCUUUAUUCACAGACACAAGUACAGCACAAGCAGUGAGAGUGCAAACUUCCCCAUAUUGUCCCCCCACUAUUACCCUCACCAGUGUUCCUCAGCCCUAUUCUGGAUGAAUGCUAUCUAAGUGUGAGGUCGUUCGAUCUCCAGCAUUGUUUUUACACCAGGAUAAUUUUCCUGCUGGGAGAGGACAAAAUCAGAGAAAAAAGGCUGAAGUUCUCUCCACAAAACUUUCCAGAUGGUUUUGGGUCAGUUCUUCUUGUGUCAGGAGUGGAUCUGAACCUGAACCCAUAGAUCCCUGAACUACAGCGAGGGGAAUUGCAGAAGUUGAACCAAGAUCUGGACAGAAAUUUCACAGGUGACCCCCUUUGGAUAUAGGAGUUUGGUUCUGGCCAUUAUGGACAAACACUUCCAGACUUUGGGGAAAUAUUAAUCCUGAUCCAAACCUUAUAUGUCAAGCCUGUCUCUUUCAGAUGAACCUGCCAAUGAUAAAUGGGACUUGUUCAAAUGCCAGUCAUACUACACAAAGGGCAUGGUACAUACAGUUUCAGAUCUUAAAUGCCAAUUUUACAAGCAGACCAAAUAAUGGACUAUGAAGAUAGUUUAUGAGGCCAAGUUGUAAAAGGAAAUCAAGACCAAGUCCCAAUAUGAAGAAUUUAUCAUUGUUUGCCAGAUUUCACAUAAAUUCACAGAUGAUGAUGUCCAUGCUUGGCAUUCUGAUCAAUGUAAAUAGUUUUUGGUCUCUGCAAAGCACUUUAUACUAGGGGGGGAAGCUGUUUUUCCUAAUUGUGGAAAUGCAUGUAGGUUAUGUGUAUUUGUUUGCUUUGCUGUUUUAUGUAACAUUAGAAGAAGUUAUGAAAAGACCUUGAUACUGUACCAAAUGUAUUUUUCAGGUUAAUUCUAUUGUUUUCUAUGCUGCUACACAUUUCUGGAAAGAAUCUUGUUCCAUGUGUUUUGUGUUAUAGUUGGGGGGGUGUUGUACUGACUUUUCAGAACCAUGUUUAAUAUUUCAGACCUUCCUUGGUGUUCAUAGCAGAAUUCAGUGAAGGCACAUAGUAAAGAACUGAACUUCUUUUUUAUAUCUUGGAACGUAUAUAACCUCCAUCACCAUAGUAUCUGAAAGUCUUAUAGCUCUCAUUUGAUGUAGUGAACUAUUAUUCUCCAUGGUACACUGAGAUCGUGUGGCUUUUCUAUGGUCACAGAGGCAGCCUAUGGCAGAUCCAAGAACAGAACCUGGCUCUCCUGAGUGCCAAUCCAUCUCCUUAAUCUCAAACCCAUCUUUCCUCUCUUACCAGGUAGAUCUUUGCUGUUUAUACGUGGGCCCGUAUACCUUGCAUAUCUAAAAUGCCUACUGACAUCAAGUGGAGUUUUUAGGUGUGCAAAGGAUGCAGGAUAUGCCUCUAUGUGUGUCAGAUUUAAUCUUAUUUCAAUAGCACUCUUCAUCCUCAAGCAUACUUAAUUUGUAUAACAUUUUGUAUACACACAUGAAAUUCAGCUACUACUGUAAUGGACCAUGAUUACUCUUCAGCACACAGCAACAUUACACAAAUUAAAAAUAGGCAGUGAGAACUACCAUCUCCAACUGAAACUGCAUGGGGAGAAAUGAGGUUAAUAGACCUCUGUAUUAUGAUGUAUUGCCCAUUAAGAUAGUAACAUACCGUUUUAGAUCAUUCUUUCAAAUAGCACAUUCUGAGGGCUAUUUUAAUACUGAAGUUUCUUUCUGCCCCCACCACAGCCAGGAACUUGCUCUGGCAAGUUAUUUAAUCUUUCUGUGACUCAUUUUACCUAUCUGUAAAGUGGGGUUAAUACUUACCCCACCCAACAGUGUAAAGUUCUUUGAGAUCUUCAGAUGAAAGGGGCAUUAUAAAUGCAAAGUAUUACUACUGUAUAUAAGAUGCCUGCUGUGACAGUUAUGGCAAUUUACUGCAAUAUCUUUGGAAGAUCUUACUGUAUUAAGUAUAUGUAAUAUUGUGGGCCAGACACUGUAUGUAAUUCCAUGGGGGUGGGCGAACACAGCUUCUCCAGGAACUAAGAACAGUGGGGGUGAUUUGGAAAAUUUACUCAGGUUGUAACAUCUCCAGAGUUACCACCACUUGGAGAGGCUCACAUAUAUUGGUUCAAACUGGAUUCUCUAGAGACCAACAGACAAAGUGUAGACUUUUAGAUAAAUAGCCUGAAUUUAAACUGACUCGGGGCCUUCUUUCUGAUCCAGCAAACUGAUUGUGGGGAAAGAACAAUUGCAUUCUGCCAAUAAAUCGCAUAUCUUAUUUUACGCUUUCAUGCAUAUUGUGGGGAUAAUUAUGACAAUAAAAGAAUUAAAGUUAGCUUAAGUCUGGUUAAGAAAAUAAUAUACACCUCUACCCCGAUAUAACGUGACCCAAUAUAACACGAAUUCAGAUAUAACGCG